GUCCGUCGAUGCAGCUUCAGAGCUGCACUCGGUCGUCGUCUUAUUCGAUGAGCUCGAGUAACGGAGCGAUGGCAGAUCAAUCGUGUAUCAUCCCUUUGUUUUGCUCUCUACUAUGUAGUUUGCUGUUUGGUUUACUCGAUCUUCACGGGCAAGCCUCGGUGCGAAGGGAAUAUACUUCUUCUCCAGUUCUUGGCACGUUCCUGUAACGUUCGAGGGUCAUUUCGGGUGGCCCUGCGUGGCUUUCGCGUCCGAGUAUAAAGGCAGGAUCAUACGUUUGUGCGUGAGUCCACAACCCAGAAGAGCGGCUAGCGGUGAGUCAGUCGACAUGGCCUCCUUGUCCAAGACCUCCGUCUGGAGGCGCUUUUCGUCGACCUUCACCUCCAAACCAACCCCCUCAAAAACUCAUUUACAUGCGCCCAUUCCCGAUUCAGCGUUUCCAAAAGGCUAUGUACUGACUGGCAUCCACGCCGGUGUCAAGAAGAAGCCAGGUGUCCUUGACUUGGCUGUAAUUCUCUCCACGUCUUCUCGACCUGCUUCUGCAGCAGCCUGUUUCACUCGCAAUGCCUUCAAAGCUGCACCUGUUGUUGUUUCACAGCAAGUGCUUGAACAAAAUCAGGGUCGGGCGAGAGCUCUUGUCGUGAACAGUGGAUGUGCGAACGCGGUAACAGGAAAGCAGGGUAUGGAGGAUGCAUGGGCAAUGGUUGCUGCAACCGAUGCUCUCCUUGAGCCUAAUCAAGGCCAGAAGUCACAAAAAGAGACUCUAGUGAUGUCCACAGGUGUCAUCGGACAGACAUUGCCGAUCAGCAAGAUCCUAGCGGGAAUCACGUCUCAGUCACCAAAGAGCGUCGACUCAAAGUCUACGCUUGGAUCUGGAUUUGAGGCAUGGGAGCGUGCGGCAAGGGCAUUCAUGACGACGGACACAUUCCCCAAGCUUCGUGCCAGAACGUUCAGCAUUCGUGGCAAGGAAUAUCAUCUCGCAGGGAUGGACAAAGGUGCAGGCAUGAUCCACCCGAAUAUGGGCCCUCCGUCAGGACAACUUCACGCAACGUUAUUGGGGUGCAUCUUAACUGAUGCAGCUGUGGUGCCGAAGAGCUUGCAGUCUGCUCUGACUUACGCUGUGGACAGGAGUUUCAACUCGAUCAGUGUUGACGGCGAUAUGUCUACCAAUGACACUAUCUUGGUGUUAGCAAACGGUGCUGCUGCUGAAGGUUCUGCGGAGAUUGAUGAACAGGCAGACCCGGAAGCCUUUGAGCUUUUCAAGCAGGAGCUUACUACGUUCGCGAUCGACCUAGCCCAACUCGUUGUGCGAGAUGGUGAAGGUGCUACGAAAUUCGUCACAGUAUCCGUUGAUGGAGCAACCAGCUACGCAGAUGCUCACAAGGUCGCAUCCCGUAUUUCUACCUCCGCCCUCGUAAAGACAGCACUCUUCGGAGAAGACGCGAACUGGGGACGUAUCCUCGCCGCAACCGGUUCUAUUCCUCUUUCAGCACCUCUCGAUCCUACUCGUGUCUCUGUUUCCUUCAUCCCUGCCGACGGCACAGCACCACUUCCUCUUCUCGUUAACGGUGAACCCGAGAAGGUUGACGAAGUACGGGCGAAGGAGAUCGUGAGUGCAGAAGAUCUGGAGAUUCGCGUCGACUUGGGUCUCGGAAAUGAGAGUGCGAAGUAUUGGACGUGUGAUUUCAGUUACGAGUACGUGAGGAUCAAUGGGGACUAUAGAACUUGAGAAUACGUUGGCGGCUUUUUAGUGCAUCUGAAAGUUUACUCACGCCCAACGUAGCAAUGGCUCCUUCACGUAUGUAGUAUUAAAUACAACACGAACUUCAUAAUACUACGAUAUUAUCUUCGUCUUGCACAAUUCCCUUUUUCUUCAGCCGGUUGUCUUGUAUAUAUCUCGGAAAGCUGGGUAUGUUUCUAUAAACAACCAGACUUUCCAUAAUUAGGAGGCUAUUACAAGGAUAAGGCACAACUGCGGUUUCGAAUU